CUAACCGCCUCGUCGAGAGGUCCGAAUAUAAAAAUCAAACGUGAUGGUUUCUAGCCUACGGCAGCCCGCGCGGUCAUAACCGAGUUAAAGGAGCGAGAAAACAGUAAACGGAGAAGAGCGACAGCAAUUAGCUCCUCUCUCUUUAUAAACUCUUUAAUUUAAUAUCGUCGGACAGCAGGUGAAACAGGGUCCGUUAGGUUUAACGGCCUGCCUGUGUUUGUUGUCAGCCGUGAUCUCUCGUCGUAGUUGUGGCGGUAAAGGUUACCGUCCUCCGCGGUAUGACGUUAUAACCAGCUGUAAGAGAAGAUGUCGGGCAGCAGCGGCGGGUUCAGGUGGACGGUGGUGGUCCUGACCUGCCAACACAAAGACAGCGUCUAUGCCUUCCAGAGAGAGCUGGAGUUGAGGCAGCAGCAUGGCUCUCUCUGUGAGGGUGUGUUGGUUUUGACCGUACGGGACCGCCAGGAGCCGCUGGGCAGCGGGGGGGCGACGCUGAACGCCCUGCUGGUUGCUGCUGAACACCUGAGCAACAGAGCCGGACACACUGUGGUGACAGCCGACGUCCUGGAUGAUGCUCACAUCCUCAUCCUCCACACAGGUCGAGAUUUUCCGUGGAGCUCCUGCAGCAGAGCGUUCUGCUGGCUGCCUCGAGAGAAACACGACCAGAAAGUCCAGGCUCCGGUCUGUUGUCUGGACCUGCUGCUGGACACCCUCAGUGCCCAGAUCUGUCCUGGUUCUCCUCCUGGUGUUUGGGUCUGCAGCACCGACAUGAUCCUCUCCAUCCCUCCUGACUUUGUUCUUUCCUGGGAGGAUUUCUCUGGCGUUCGGGUUUUGGCGUUACCAGGUGACGUCUCUUAUGCAGCCAAUCAUGGAGUCUACCUGUCCGACCAUCAGGGUCAGGUCAGAGACAUUAUCUACAAGGGAACAAAGGAGCAGAUUCAACAAGCUGUGAUGCCUGAUGGGAAAGUGUUGCUGGUGUCAGGUCCAGUCUUCUUCAGCAGAUCUGUAUCAGAGAAGCUGUUGCAGACUCAUGUCACUCCUCCUCUGGACGGCUGCACCUACCUGGGCCUGGACUCUGGAGCUCCUCCCCUGCAGAUCUCCCUCUUCCUGGAUGUGUUGAAGUGUCUUUGCUCAGAUCUGACCCAGGAUCAGUUUGUGAGUGAAGAAAGAGCAGGCUGCAGUUCACCUGUUGGACCACAGGGGGCGACAGUGAGAAGUGGCAGGACAGAGCUUUGGAGGCUCCUCAGAGGGACCCCCCUCAGACUGGCAUGUGUCCACGGUGGUCACUACGACUACUUGACUCUGUCUGGAAAACACCAUGUCGACCGACUGACCUGUGAUGGGACAGACAGAAACACGCUCUCUCACAUCCAGAGAGAGAGCGGGGUGAGUGAAGGAGGUCGGGUGAUCAACAGCGUCCUGGAGGGAGAUGUUGCCAUGGCAGCUGGAGCAGUGGUGCAGCACUGCCACCUACAGGGUCCUCUGGACGUCCCCUCAGGCUGUUUACUGUCGGGUCUGGAGGUGCAGAUGUCGCAGUGCAUCAGGAGGCUAAAACUGACCAAUGACAUCAUCAUCCAGGGACAUCGCAUCGAGCUGGGGGAGUUAAAGCUGAACAUCUACACAGUGAUGGGAGCACGAGACGACCUGGAGGUGUCCUCUGAUGACUGUAUCGCCUCCUUCCUCAACCAGAGAUGGAGCCUCUUCUUCAGCAGGACAGGAAUACAGCCGGAGGAGUUGUGGGUCAAGGGAGAACAGCGCUCCCUUCUGGAGGCUCGCCUCUUCCCUGUGCUCCACCCCAGAGGAGGUGAAGUGGGUCUAGAGGGAGGUGUCAGCUGGCUGCUGGGAGGAAGCGGCUGCCUGCAGAGGUGGAGGGAGGCGUGGAGGCUGUCGUUGAAGGAAGUGCUGUCACUCACCCAUCAGGAGGCGGAGCUGCAGUGGAGGGAGGAGUUACUGUUCCUGGCGGGGAGGAGGAGAGUGUUUGACGCCCUGAUGAGUCAGAGUGACGUCUGCCUGCUGCCUUGCUUCAGGGCGGCGGUGCUGGGCGGCCAGCAGGGGGCGCUGCUGGAAACACUGGACAAUAUUGCAGCAGGUAGCAGGAGGCAGGGGGCGGAGCCAGGUGCAGAGCUGGGCGUCGCCGCUCGCUGUCUCUCCUGCAUCGCUGAUGUGUUGGUGUGUAUGGCGAGUGGAAGGGGGGGUCUGAGGAGUGGACCUGCCGCAAAUGAGGCCUGGACUUCUGCCUACUUCCUUUUGGAGGAGGGUAACCUGAAGGGUGGUGUCCACGCCCUGGCUACACAGAGAGCUAAUUGGCUCAGCAGGCCGGACCUACUGGUUCGGGCGGCACGCCACUAUGAGGGCGCCGGGCAGGUGCUUCUAAGACAGGCUGUGAUGUCAUCGCAGAGGUUCAUCUCCAUUGGUCAGGGUGAACUCCCACCGCUUGAGGAGUGGCAGGAAGUGGAGUGUCCGGCCAGACUGGACUUGGCAGGCGGGUGGAGUGACACUCCUCCCAUCGCCUUUGAGCACGGCGGCUCUGUCACCAACACUGCAGUGAGGGUUGAUGGGAAGCGUCCUAUUGGUGCCAGAGCACGUCGCAUCACAGAGCCUCGCCUCCUGCUGGUCAGCUACACCGGAGGACGGGAAAGCGGAGUUUCCACGGAGACGGUGUGUGACAGCCUGGAUGACCUGAGGGACUACUGUCAGCCUCACGCACCUGGAGCCCUACUGAAGGCGGUGUGUGUGUGCAGUGGACUGGUGUCCCUCAGCUCCCAGCAUUCUCUGGGGCAUCAGCUGAUGGAAAGAUGGGGGGGAGGAGUGGAGCUCCACAGCUGGUCGGUGCUGCCCACUGGAUCUGGACUGGGUACCAGCAGUAUCCUGGCGGGGGCGCUGUUGGCUGCAGUCUACAGAUGUACCGGUCGAACCUACAACACAGACUCCCUCAUCCAUGCCAUCCUGUACCUGGAACAGAUACUCACCACAGGUGGAGGCUGGCAGGACCAGGUGGGAGGUCUGGUGGGCGGAGUAAAGGUGGGUCGUUCCAGAGCAUCUCUGCCCCUGCAGGUAGAAGUGGAGCGUCUCAGUCCUCCAGAGGACUUCUUGAUGUCUCUGGACCAGCAUUUCCUGCUGGUGUACACUGGCAAAACCCGCCUGGCUCGAAAUCUGCUGCAGGAUGUGGUCCGUAGCUGGUACAGCCGCCUACCCUCGAUGGUCCAGAACGCCCGGCAGCUGGUGGCCAACUCAGAGGAAUGUGCCAGAGCCUGUUCAGACGGCUCUCUGUCCAGACUGGGGCAGUGUUUGGACCGCUCGUGGCAGCAGAAGAAGUUGAUGGCUCCUGGCUGUGAACCAGCUUCUGUCAGAACCAUGAUGGAGGCUCUGAGACCACUGGUCCUGGGUCAGAGUCUGGCUGGGGCUGGAGGCGGGGGCUUCCUCUACCUGCUGACCCGGGAGCCUCGGCAGCGGCAGGCGGUGCUGCAGGUCCUCAACAACACACCGGGUCUGGGAGACUUCAGCGUUCACUCAGUGGAGCUGGACAUGGACGGGAUCACAGUCCUACCACCACCCUGAGGACACACACACACACUCACUCACUUACUGCUAAUGUUUGAUGAUCCCAGCUGUAGGGGACUUAAAAACAUGUUUUGGUUCAUUGUGAUUGUUUGUAUUUUAGAUUUAAUUAUGAAUUUAAAUCAUCAAACAUUGUUGAUCUUUGAGGUUAAAACUCAUUCUGACAUUUUAAAGUCUGAAUGUUUUACUACGAACAAAAUCAGCACUAAUCAGUAACUGAUGCUGUGGAGAACAGAGCGUUUCUCAACAUGUCUUUUUUGUAUUUUAAGAAUUUAUUUUUGAUAAUCAGACUGAAUAUUGAUCUGUAUUGACUUUAUAAACUGACAGAAUAAAUGAAUAAAUUCUCAGGAUGGGAUAAAG